CGCAGAUUAACUUCCUGGGUUUGAUCGCGAGUUUAUUUUUUUGAAUAUGGCGAGGCAUACUCUCUCUCUCCUGGCAUGUACCUGCUGGGGACUCUUAUCCCUGGUUGGGGCUCAGCGCCAUGAGUUCUCGUUCGACGAGCUCUGGAAGAUGGAACAUAACUUCUGGGAUCAGUUCUUGUAUCCGGCGAACUUGAAGCAGAUCAACGCGACGGAUGAGUCGGUGUUUGCUGAAGAUAUCCAAGGCCGCGUCGACAUCACCCGAACCUUCGACGGCCGCGAGCUCAACAACGAAUACAUCUUCGGACUGUUCGCGCAGCCCGACACCAUCAGCCUCACCGGCGUGCCGAUAAACUACACCGUGACGCAAUUCGCCGGAAACCAGAACCUCGCGGCGGCCACCACCGUGCUGACCUUCAACGUGACCACCUUCAACGUCCUCCUCCCGCUGGUUAUCGAUACCUGGAUCGAAUUCAACCCGGACGGCAAAAUCGCCCAAUACGACGCCACCUUCCGCUGGUUCGACUACUACGUCUCGACUUUGCUCACCGUGGCCGCGAAGAACUUCAACACAACAUCCGAGGCAGAAACCCAGGCGAAGAUCGCGGGGAUUGUCGCGGAUAGUAUCUGCGCGCAGAGCAUGAAGUACUGCGGCGAUUACGAGCACUAUGAGAGCCACGAGCAGUGCGUGCAGUAUCUAACGGAGGAGACGCGGUUCGGGCAGCCGUUUGAGCUGGGACGGGAUACGUUGCUGUGUAGAGAGGUGCAUAAGCAUAUGGUUGGGUAUCGGCCCGAUAUGCAUUGUUCGCAUAUUGCCCCGUCUGGGGGCGAUUAUUGUGUUGAUGAUAUGGGGUAUCGGGAUGUGGUGCUGGAGAGGUAUUUUGAGGAUUCGUGGGUUGGGUUUGAUUAUGCGGAGGAUAAUAUUUGGGUUGCUUGAGCUUUUUAUCUUGGUUUAGUGUAAGGAAGGGG